CGAUGUGGGACUUAUCCCAAGACUCCCGGGAUCAUGACCUGAGCUGAAGGCAGUUGCUUAACCAGUUGAGCCACCCAGGUGCCCCCAAAAGGAACAAAUUAUUGAUACAACUCAAAGGGAUUAUGUUCAGUGAAAAAAAAGCAAAGGGCCGCCUGUUUUGAGAUUCUGUUUAUGUGGCAUUCUGGAAAGUGCAGAACUGUAGCCAUGGAAAAUGGAUCAGUGGUCCAACCCUCCAGGGUUGAGGGUGAGAGAGAGGAGCAUCAGGAAGGAGUCUGUUGUACAGUGGAUCUAUUCUUUGUUUUGUUUUGGUAGUUAUACAAGUUAAGAUUCAUAGAACUGAAUGUCAAAAAAUGUGAGUGUUGUAUUUAAAUAAAAUACAUAAAAUGACCUGUUCACAUAAACGUCUUAAAAAAUCAGUUUUCACAGGAGUGCCUGGGUGGCUUCGCGGGUUAAGCUUGAACUCUUUGAUUUCAGCUCAGGUCAUGAUCUCAAAAUCCUGAGAUGGAGGUCCUCAAGGGGUCCCCUCUGGGCCUGCUUAUGAUUCUCUCUUUCCCUCUUUGUCUGCCCCUCCCCCUCAAAAAAAAUCAGUUUGCCCCAAAUAUCGGUCUUACAAACUGUUAUCUAGAAAGUUCUGGAAUGGGAAGCCGCGCCCUAGCGCCCGCCCUGUUGGUCCAGUCUAGUGAAGUGAUGGCUCCCGCCUUGCGCUUCUGAGCUCACCGCUCAGCGCAGUGGCCUCUGCUCCGUGUCCCUCCGCUUCAGUGGCUCCUGAGCCCCCAGCAAGGCCAGUCUUCCAAUCCUACCCGUUCCUGGAUAUGCAGAACCAACCUCCCCUCUUGGCGAAUCGGCGCCCCUGGGCCUCCGUGCGUCUGCGUCUGCGUGUCCCCGCGGCUGUCGCUCAGGCUCUGGGUCUCUCCGUCGGUUCCCACGUGUCUACUUCUCACCGUUUCUGUCUCCCCCUCUGCUGCUGCUUGUGUCACGGCCUCCCGUCUUUGGGUCUCUCUCUCUGCUGCCCCCGCUGCGGGACGACCCACUUCUGCGUGUCCCUGGCCUUGUAGCCGCCUCCGGCUCUCUCCAGGUCUGAGCUGCGCCGUCCCGGGCCCUCCCCUUCUCGAUCUUCCUUCCUUUCGCGGCGCUUCUGUGUGUCGGCCUCCCCCGUCGGCCUCCCCCGUCGGCCUCCCCCGGUCUCCUGCGCUCCUCUGUGAACCCCGCCAUCCCCGACACCCUGAGACUUUGGUCUCCUUGCCCCUCGCUCUCUCCGUCUUAGGGCAUGCAGGGCUCUGGGUUCUCCGCCGUCUCAGCGUCUUCUUGCCUGUCUCUGUCUCUCAGUGCCUCAGUCUCUCCGCGUCUCGGCCUCUCAGGGCGGUAUUUUAGUUCCCCUCCACUAGUUUUCCUGCGUUGCCAUGGAUCGAAAAUGACGCAGGCACGCGGGAGGCUAGCUCUGCCUCUGAUUGGCUGUCCAUUGAGCCGUUGCAUUUUUUUUCGCCCCGCCCUCGCCCUGGGGAGCGGCCCGCUGCAUUCUGGGAGUCGUAGUCCGCGGCGCAGGUCCAGCGCGCACGCGCAGUUUGACCUGACGCCAUCGCGCCGAGCUCCUGGCGGCUGGAACCGGCCUGGGACCACGACGCAAGAGGUCUGGAUUCUGGCGGAGGUCCCAGAGCAUCCCGCUCUCUCCCUUGCAGCUGCAGUUACGUGAACUCACCCUCCACAACACGUGCCCUGUCCUUGGCUAGUCACAUUUCCCAGUGCAGGUUUGGAAAGAUGUUGCCUUUGGAGAAGGCAUUUGCCACCCCCAGGAGCUCCCUGAUUCCCCCAGAACUGCCUAUGCUAGGAUCAGCAGCUGAGGACCAAGAGGAGGACCCCAAGACUGUCGUCGGGAAGGACCUUGAGUUCUCCCGCCAGCACUUCCGGAACUUCAUCUACCAGGAAGCCGCCGGGCCCCACCAGGCCCUGACCCAGCUGUAUGAGCUGUGCCGCCAGUGGCUGCGGCCCGAGGCGCACUCCAAGGAGCAGAUGCUGGAGCUGCUGGUGCUGGAGCAGUUCCUGAGUGUCCUGCCUGACAAAGUACGGCCCUGGGUGGUGGCACAGCAUCCUGAGAGCUGCACGAAGGCAGCCUCUCUGGUGAAGGACCUUACCAAGGCCCUAGAAGAGCCAGGUGGGCCCGUGAGGGCCAGUGAAGACCUGGAAUCCAGCGAGACCCAGGCAUCCCCCGACACCUCCUGUCCCACUCUAGACCCUGUGCUUCUGGAGCAGGGGAGCAUCGGCGACGAGAAGGCUGAAGAGGCCAAGCCCGCAAAGGUUGAGCCGAAGAAGUUGACAUUUCCGGAGGUGCCUCUGUACCUGGGCGAGUGGGGCCACCUGGACCCGGCGGAGGAGAACCUGAAGGCCUUCCGGAAACUGCUCUUGUGGGGGUUUCAGCUUGCCCAGCCUGAGGAUGCCUGCAGGCUGGAGACAGAGGAACUUCGGUUGGUUGAAACAGAACCACCAGAAGGCAGCUUCUCAGGCGGCAGGAGGUGGCAGGAAGGUAAAGAGAACAUGUGUGAGACGCUGAUGGAGAGGAUCACGAGGGAAAUUCUCGUUUGCCCUCUAACGGGUGCUGCCCCAGAAGAGGAAGAGCAGCUGCAGAAAGCUCUGGAGCCUCAGGAGGGGGAACCAAGCCCUGUCACCAUAGCCCACAGGCGGUCAGUCAUCCGGGAGCCAGCCCAGGACAGGGGCACAGCUGGGGGGAGCCUUACUGUGCCUAUAAGGCCAGCCACCCCACACCAAGGCCUUGGAAGAAAGAGGCCCCGCCCAAAGGAUGUGGGUGGGCAGGGCCCCGAGUGUGUCUCCAGUGUGAGCAACCACCCAUUGUGCCACGUGAGGGAGCCUGAUGCAGCUGGCCACAGCGCAGGGUCCCUGGCCAGGCAGGACCUGGAUGGCUCUGCGGGAGGCUGCCCUGCUGCCGAUGAGCCUGGGCUGUCCCGAGGGAAGCCCUACGCGUGUAGCGAGUGUGGGGAAACCUUUGCGUGGAUCUCACAUUUCAUUGAUCAUCUCAGAAGCCACAGUGGCAGGAAGGUGUAUGCGUGCCAGGGCUGCUGGAAGACCUUCCACUUCAGCCUAGCCCUGGCCGAGCACCAGAAGACCCACGAGAAGGAGAAAAUCUACGCGUUGGGCAGGGCCCUGGGACCCCACCCUGCUGUGUGUGGAACCCACGCCAGUGAGAGGCUCAGUGGGCGCACGGGGUGCGUGGCGGGUGACGUUUUCCCUGUGCACUCUGAGGCGCAGAGAUGAGCCACUUGCUCGAAGUGUCCCUAGAGGACAACUUCGCCUGCCCAGGAUUCCAGACAAAUGUGUCUGGCUCCUUUGAAACCCUUGCGUGGCUUCUUGCAUUGUCUAUGUGGACGUGAGUCUUGUCUGUUUUCUAAAUGAGCUCGUGUGGCUAAAGCACUUAGAACCCAGGAAGGGCCCUCGGGAAGCCCUUGUCUCCUUGUAAACACACCCAUGCAGAUGCCCACACGCAAGCACGAGCUGUCAGGUGUGAAAGAAGAUUUCCUCCUCUUCUGUAGCCAUUUUAGCACCACCCGCGCAUUGGAACGUUGUCAUUGUGCAGAGUGUAGAGUUGCCUUAAAGUGUGUGAUCGGCUAGCUCUUGCUGAAGUCAGCCUUGUCCCUGUUCCUCCUGUUCAAGCUCCCCAGGGCUUCUGCUCAGGCCGUUGGGUCCUUUCGUAAACACCUGAUGUCAGGUUCACUUCUGAAUCCUCACUAGCAAACUGUUUUCUAGUUCACGCACGUUGUCCACGUGUGUGGAGUGGCUUAACAAAGAUCACAGAAAUGCUUGGAGCCUAGUAACACGGUGUUUUCAAACUGUGCAUCUCAGCCCAUUAGUGAAUUGUGAAAUCAAAUUAGUGGGUGGCCACCAGCAUUACAACACAAUGAAAUUAGAAUUAAAUAGGUAAAAAUUCAUCAUGUAGUAAAGGCAGAUGAUGUUUUGUGAAACUUUUCAGCCAUAUAUCUAUCUAUGAGACCUGGUUGCAGUAUAAGAUGUAUUUCUUACUCAGAGUGUGGAGGGUCAUGAUCAUAGCAGGUUGAAAACACCAGUAGAGGUUGAUGAGAUGUGUCUGCCUGGGCAAGCGGAACUCCUUGGGCUACAUAGGUGAUCUUUUUAUUUUUGCAUUUAAUCUCAGAUUACAGCAUUGUUUCUGUUGCCUGAGCAUAAACUUCUAACUGCUUCUUGUAGAUAAACUGGUGCCUCUUUCCGUCAUGGUGUUUGAGCAGGCAGUCUGUUGUAACGAUGCCUAAGUCACAUAUGCUUAACACAAUAAAGGAUUUAUUUCUCGCAUUCACA